AAAUCCUUGUCUUCUCUUCCUAAUUUUGGGUGAUCCAGCUGCUUCCCGUACCCUGAAAUUAGUUUUUGUUCUACUUUCGUUUUGGUCGUUUCUGUGUGCUGCUGCUGCCUUCUCCGGAGGAGCUCUGGUUUUAGACUUCUUAGUUUAACGAAAAUCUCUUUAAUGGGGGGGUUUUUUUGGGCUAUUUCUUUUUCAAUUACUGAACAAAGAAACAGCUUAAGAAUAACAUAACAAUUGAAAAAUCCAGUUGCUUGCAGUGGAUGAUGACCCAAUUGUAAUGCGAUUGCGUUGAAUGGGUUAUCUUAUGGGUUUCGUACAAGCAACUUCUCUUCUUUCGAGUCCUCUUCCUAUUUGACGUUCUGGAAGUUGGUUCUGCUUUUUGGUUGGUGUUGAUAUUCUCUUGUACAUCUUUAGGCGAGAAAGGCCUUGAGGGGAGGUAGAGGGGAAAGGAAUUUUAAGCCCAGAUAUGCUCCUCUUCGUUCCAUUGUAAUGGAGGAAUUGUUAAUUGAAAAAAUCUGGGUGUUUAGUCGUUGUAUUGGCGAUGACGAAAUGUGUGUCGUUGGCUAUUCCUUUGAAUGGAGGUUGGAGGAAGUUUGCUCGCUGUAAUUUUUUGAUAUCUCACAUCUGCUUGAGUUUCUCUAUGAAAAACUCCAUGGGCAUGGAAGAGGGUAUGUCUAAAUCAUGGAUGCACUUGGAAGAUACAUAGCAUUGGCUUAUAUUUAGAUCUGGGAAAUGCACUCUUUUGAUCUUUCUUCUUUCAUCAGGAUACUAAUGAGCAUAGGUAAUUAAGAAUUUAAAAUCAUAGUGCUUAAAGGUAGAAGAUCAUCCAGUAGAAACAUUGGUAGAAGUGUAGGCAUCUGGUAUCCAACAGCAACAGAAGCAAACUCUAAGCUCUCUCAACACACACUCUUAAGGAAGGACGUAUAUGUAUUCGUUGAGAAAAGAGAAAGGAACUGGAGUAAAAUCCCAUUCAAAAUAUAAUAAUUAGUUUUUUGGGAAGAUCGGCAUUUAGCAAUGGGCUUACCGCAAGUCCCCAUAAGUGGAACAACUGAGGAGGUACCACCAGCUGGUUCAUUGAGCAUGUUUCUGCAGAGCCCUCCACGUUUUAACGAUGUGAGCUCAUGCAAUUUGGCUGGAAUCCGUAAUGGAGGCUUGAGCCGGUGUACUGGGAGUUCGCCAUGCUCUUCUUCUGGAGAUUCUGAGAGAAACUUCUAUAUGGAGCUUCCAAAUUUUCAUGAGAACUUGUCUAAAGUUGGAGGGAGAUUGGAAAACUCUUCCAAUUAUCAUGGUCCAAAAAUUGGCUCUAUGGAUGAUGGCCGCUGGUUUAACUCUAAAUGUGGACGAGAUAGCCAUAAUCCGGUUUCUAGGAUAGUUGGAUUUGUGUCAGGGGAAACUAGUUCUAGAAAUGAUGGAAGCACGGUUGAUAUUAGGGUCAGUGAAACCGAGUCCAGUGGGUCAGCAGUUAGAAAGCGGCUGUUAUCUCCACUGAGUAGCAUGCUUUUUCCAGACCAAUUUAAGGGUGAUCAGUUGGACAUUGGUAGCAGAAGUAUCCAAACUGAUGCCUCUAUAUCUGAAAAUUUAAGAACUUCUGCAGCUCAUGAUUUUAAGAAAGCCAAUGUUGGAAGUAAAAAUGACAUUACCUUGCAAACGUGGUCUCUAGCAGGUCUAUUGGAACAGAAGAAAAUGCUGUAUGGCAGCGGCGUUGUGAAAUCCAUUGUUUUUCAUGAUGGUCCUCUGAUAGAAAACAAGAAAUCUCUAGUUCAGGAUGAAAUUUUAUCUUGUCCAGGACAUGAUGAACUCUGUAAGUUGAGUCGAGUAAGAACCCAUGUGGAGUCUGAAAGUCUGUCUCCCGAGACCGUGUCUGUGGUACCACUUUCUUUGUCACCUCUUGGUCCAAAGAUUUCAGAGAGAAUGAAAAAUGCAGGAAGAUGCAGAGACGUCAAGAAAGAAAAUAUUGGUUAUCAUUCACUUCGCGAUAUAGAAAAAUCAUUUGGUGGUUCAGACUCGCAUAUUUUAUUUGCCUCUGACGAAGAGGAAAUCAAAUCAUUUGAAGAUGUUAUUUUGGAGAAAGAGUUUCGGCCGUCCUCCUUGGAAAAUUCCAAGAGCGUAAGUUGGUUUAUGUCGCAGGAGCUGGUCCCUACUUCCCCGAGCAUGCGGUUUGUUCGAAGUUUGAGUGGACUUCCCAUUAGGAGAUCGUUGGUUGGUUCAUUUGAGGAGUCUUUAUUAUCUGGUCGAUUCUUAUCUGGAAAACUUUGUCAGAAAAUUGAUGGUUUUCUGGCUGUGCUAAGCAUUACUGGAGGGAACUUCUCGCCACAGUCCCAGAAGCUUCCAUUUUCAGUAGCAAGUGUGGAUGGAGAUCGCUACUUACUAUAUUAUGCAUCCAUUGAUCUUGCUAAAAAUUCUUUACUAAACAAGUAUAGGGUACAAAAAUCCAAACAAGUUUCAAGCAACGAUGAGUCCCAAAUGGUGAAGAGCCGCCUUCGGGUUCCUAUGAAAGGGCGCAUACAACUGGUUCUCAGCAAUCCCGAGAAGACACCCCUGCACACUUUUCUCUGCAAGUAUGAUUUGAGUGACAUGCCAGCCGGUACUAAGACCUUCUUGCGCCAGAAGGCUACUUUAGGUUCGUCCAAUACACCAACUUCUUCACUGUCGAGAGAAGGGAAGUUCGAUCACGACAAUAAAAUGGCCGACAAUGUGACUUUAGCCUCCCAAAGAGGCGAUGCUGAAGUGGUUAGCAAUAACGGAACAGAUAUCAAUGGAGUUAAGGCUCUGUGCAAAGGGGAGGAUGUGCAAAUGGGGAAAGAAAGCUCUAACGUGGUCGACUUUAUUGAUGAUGGGGAUGGAUCGGAGCGAGUUUUCAAUAACCGAAAGACAGAUGCUGGUGCGCUCCUGGGCCUUGAGAAUCAAUGCCAGAGGGGGGCUGAUCAGAAGGAUGGUUGCUGGGUUGAUACUUGCUGUGGAACUGACAGGAAGGUGUUGCAUGUUUGUUCAAAGGUCAAUGAGAAUUCUGCAGGUGCUCUCCGCUAUGCCCUUCACCUCCGAUUCCUCUGUCCAUUUCCCAAAAAAUCUUCUCGAUCGUCUCGGAAAUGCAAACCCGAUUCCCUCUCCAUGCAAAACAAGCAUAACUUAGAUAUAGAAGGCGAAAGGAAAUUCUAUCUGUACAACGACUUAAGGGUCGUCUUCCCKCAGCGCCAUUCAGAUGCCGAUGAGGGCAAGUUGAAGGUGGAAUACCAUUUUCCAGAAGAUCCAAGAUACUUCAGCAUCAGCUGACAAUGGCUUCCUCCAUAUCUCUAUCAAAAAAAUGCAAAAGGCUUCUUCUUUUCUAACAUAUCCAUGUAAUGUACAUAUUUUUCUUCUUCUUCUGUCAUUUCCCUCUCAAAAAUGGCGUUAACCCAGUUCAGUUAUCAUCAUCCUGUAUAGAAUCUGCCUUCAUAUUGAACAAAGUUUUUACCCUUCACUGCCUGCUGUGGCACUGUUCCAAAGCUCAGACAACUUUAAUGUUGGAAAACAAAAUAAUAAUGAAACUAAGUAUUUCAUUAA